GCGCCGAUGAUCGUCCUCCACAAGCACGGCGAUGUGAUCUUCGAGUUGGGCGGGGGUGACGGGGAGCCGUCUGCACGCCUUCUUGUGGCAUCGAAUAUCCUCACAAUGGUCUCGCCGGUCUUCCGAGCUAUGUUCACCGGCGGGUUUGCUGAGGGCCAGGAUCUCUCCCCCAGUUUGCCACGGGUCGUCCCCCUACCCGACGACAACAAGAAGGCUAUGGAGCUGCUUUGCCGAAUCCUGCAUUUCGACACCAACGCAAUUCCAGCCGAACUUGAUAUGGACUCCUUGGUUGAACUCACGAUCUUGUGCGACAAAUACGACUGCGCUACUCCCUUCAGGUUCUAUGGUAACGUCUGGGUCUCUGCUCUGCUGCCACAGGCUUGCGAAAAAGGCUUCGAAGAGCUUCUAUCUGUGACAUAUGGACUUGAUCUUCCGGAGCCUUUCAUGGAACUCACU